AUGCAGAAACGGACUUAUUUUCUAACCUUCCUCUCAACCGUCUUAUCAUUACGUGGGAGCUCUGUUGUUAGACAACCAUUGAGAGAUCCGGAGUCAGGCUCUCUACUUUGUUGGAACGGAGAGGCUUGGAAGAUCGGGGACCAAUCGAUUCAGGGCAGUGAUGCUGAAUAUGUCUUUGACCUAUUUCUGAAUGCAACAAAAAGACACCGCGACAACGCAGACCAUACGCCUGCCUCGCCUAAUCAUAGUCUGCAAGGUGUCGUUGACAUUUUGAGCAGCAUUACUGGACCUUAUGCUUUCGUUUUAUACGAUGCCCAACACCAUCGAGUCUUCUACGGACGAGAUGCAUUAGGUAGGCGGUCGCUUCUCAUCAGUAGGCAUACAACGAAGAGUAUUGUGCUUUCAAGUGUAUGUGAUACCGCAGACUCCGAACACUGUAUGGAAGUCGAAGCCGAUGGAAUCUACGUGCUUGACCUGACAGCGAAUGUCGACCUAUCAAAUGAUGUCGAUCGAGUCACUCAUGUCCCCUGGGUGUUUGACCGUUCCAAGUCUGUUUUGACUGGUACUCUGCGCUCUCCAUUUCCAAAAUUUAACACAGAGGUGCGAGCUCAUCCGAUCCCAGCCCUAAACCAGGAUUCUCCAGCGAUGAACGACCUUUUCCAAAAACUCCAACGGUCACUAUCCCUUCGUACCCAUGGAAUUCCUUUACCGCCGUGUCAAUCGGUCGCUCCAGCCCGCGUUGCUGUGUUAUUCUCUGGGGGCCUUGACUGUACCGUCUUGGCUCGUAUGCUCCACGAUGCUCUUCCAAAGGAGCAAGAUAUCGAUCUCUUGAAUGUCGCUUUUGAAAAUCCGCGAGUUGUCAAAGCUGCAGGAGCAUCUCAACUACCUAAGAUCGUUCGCUCGGCCUACUCCCUCUGCCCAGACCGCAUCACUGGCCUUUCUGCUUACUCAGAAUUGCUCGCCAUAUGCCCAGGACGGAUGUGGCGUUUCGUGUCUAUCGACAUCCCCUUUACGGAUACCCAGGCUCAUAGGUCUCAGGUCAUCUCUUUGAUUCAUCCGCAUAACACGGAAAUGGACCUCUCAAUAGCAUAUGCGCUCUAUUUUGCUGCGAGAGGCAUCGGUACAGUUCAUAUCGAAAACGGCGACCAUGCAGUCCAUUACACGACGCCAGCCAGAGUGUUGCUCUCAGGUCUUGGAGCAGAUGAGUUAUUUGGAGGUUACACCAGGCAUGCCACAGCCUUCAAGAGCAGAGGCUACCCAGGUCUCGCAGAUGAGCUUGAACUUGACUUCAACAGACUUGGAAAACGCAACCUUGGCCGCGAUGAUCGGGUAAUCUCGCAUUGGGGGAAGGAAGUACGAUACCCUUACCUUGACGAAGAACUAGUGAGCUGGGCUUUGAGACUUCCUAUGUGGGAAAAAUGUGGGUUCGGACAGGUUGAUCCCUGCACAGACGGCUCCAUCCCGCUACUGGAACCAGGCAAGAAACUUUUACGAUUGUUGGCGUGGAAGCUAGGAUUACGAAAUGCUGCAGCUGAGAAGAAAAGGGCAAUUCAGUUUGGCGCCAGGACGGCGAAGAUGGAAGUCGGCAAGAGGAAAGGCACACAGACGUUGUCAUGA